AUGCGGACCGUGAAGGUCACAUGGGACGCGGCGGUUGGCGACUACACCGCGAAGCAGGUGCGCGCCGCGUUUGCGGGCCGCUGGGCGGUGGAUGACGUUAUAUUGAAAGAGCCGAAGCGGAAAAAGGGUGGCGGCGGCGGUGGCGUUCGCAAGGCGUCAGCGUUGGUGGUGCUGGGGAGCGUCGCGGCGGCCGCGGCUGCGGCCCAGGAGGUGUGCGGGUCGCCGGCCAACCCGCUGCUGGUGGUGCCGUACUACAAAGUGGUGCCGGGGCCCGCGGGCCAGGGCGACGCGGCGGCGGCCGCCGUGGCGGCUGCGGAAAAGCAGCAGCGGCGGGAGGGCGCGGGCCAGCGGCAGGGGACGCCGCCGGGCGGCGGCUCGCCGGGCGGCGGCGCGCGGAGGGAGGGAGGCGUGGGAGCGGGCGCGUCGCUGCCGCCGCCGGGGCGGCCUCUGUUCGCGUGCGGAGUCGGAGCGGGGCGGCCAGCGUUUCCCGUAUUCCCCGCUGCAGCUCCUGCGCCGGGCGUCAGCAGCGGCGGCGGCGGCGGCGGCGCGGUCGACAGCCAAGGUGCCGGAGCAGGCGCGCCCGGCGACCCCCGCGGCGCACCGCCGUUCGACAGUCGCGUCCCCGCCGGCGGCGCCGCUCAGGGCGGCGGCGGCAGCAGCAGCAGCUUCCCGAGCGUCAACGGUUUUCCGGGCGCCGCUUCCGGCGGCGGCGGCGGUGGCGGUGGCUUCAGCAGCUUUCCGGGGUUCCCCUCGGGUCCGAAUAAUGACGGCGGCACUGCGGGGCCACCUACGUCGAUAAGGGCGGGGGCGUUCGAGAGCAGCGUGCUGGAGAAGAUGCGGCGGCGCGCGCAGGAGCGCGAGCGGCUGUUGAGCCAGUUAGAGGAGGAGGAGGCCGCUGCGAAGCGGCAGUGA